AUGCCGCCUUGGCGCUGGCCGGCACUAUGCGAGGCGAUAGGUAAUCUACAGUCAAGCUCGACCAAGGAGGAUACACACCGAGCGAAUCGACUCUCCAAGCCCCUUUCCAAGCCACUGUCGAGAAGAUCAACCGUCUCGACCCGCUCGUCCAGGUCUUCCCGCCACGAGACUGAAGGUCAGGAACUCAAUUCAGGGUUGAUCGGGUGGCAGAAUCCGUGGGUGGGAUCGAGCCUCGCAUCGGACGCCAGGAGCGUCCGGUCGAAAGCGAGGGAGAUUCCUCCAAUCGUCUUCGCGACUGAUUCACGCUCAGCGCCCACACGACAGAAUGAAACCGCCCAUGCGGCCCCCGCGCCCACGGCGGAAGACACCGACCAGCAACUGCCGGUGUUUAGUCGGGUGCUGACAAGUCGCUCGGUGCGCAGAGCGUCUUAUCAACCGGGCACCUAUGGUUCCUCGCAACGCACCCGAGUGAUAGAGCCUCCCAGAAGAGCCAAUUCAAUGCAGACCAAUCUGACCCGACAGAGCAGCACGAUCUACGAGGAUGCUUAUGAGGGCGCCACAGCCUCCAACACCCACUUCAUGGUCGACAAUCAGCGCUUCUCAUUGACUCGGCGGCGCUCGUUGCUUACUCGGCCGGGUGUAGCCACACGACGAUCGACUAGAUCCGGACGACGGGCGCCUUCCCCAAUCGGCGAGCCUCCUGCUCUGGCGGAGGACUCAUUUGACGAUCUAGUCGAUUUUGGGACAUUGCAAUGGCCGCUACUGUCGCGCCCAGGAUCUGUCCAUCAAGAUACGCGGGUGACGCGGCCCUUGAGCCCUCCCGACAGUCGCUAUACGCAGUUGGGGGCCUUGAAACUCGGUUCUCUACGGGUCGUGAAUGGUUCUACCUCGCCUUGCUCUAGUGAUCGUAUCCCCUUGGAAUCGCCUGGUCUAGGCUUGAGUCAUAUUGACACUACGACCGACCGCGUCCAGUCAACCUUGAAGAUCUCCGCGAUCUCCAGUCUCACUGAGCCUGACGAUCAUCCAGAUAGCCCAUUCUCCUUUGAGAAAUCCCCUAUGGGGUUUUAUCCAGCCUCCUCCCGGUCUCUGUUUCCAGCUGAGGGGGCUGGGGUAGAAGACGAAGGGAUUGCCCUCGACGAUGACAAUGCUUGCCAGUCGGACAAGAAAACCUUCGAUUCUGGUGCUGAUCAAAGUACUUCCUGCUCACUCAACAAGUCCGACAGCGGUUACAGCUCUGCAGCAUCUGUCGCGUCUCAUCACCGCAGCCGGACGCGCGCUUCAUUUGACUCGCAAGCUUCGGAUUCCUUCUCCGCAGUCGACAAUCACGCGCGAAAAGGUCGAGUCGCCAAUGACCACCCUCCGAUUGAGCUCCCAAACGAGGGUAUCCAGCAGCAUCCUGUGGGUCUGCGUGAUGCGACCGCCUAUAUGGGUAACUUUUCGCAGCUGCAUCCUCAAUUUGACCGCUGGUACGAUACGAUGGGUCCAGCCCCCCAAUCGUCAUCCCUUGCUGCCCCGCGCACUCGUCGGUCAACGCUCUGUGCUCCUCGUUAUAGCGAGUACCAGAUGCAGAAGUUUGACCUCGUAUCCGCAGGAACCGCCUCACCUUCAUGGGCGGCUGGUUGCCACGAGCCACGGGGCUCAUCGUCUCGAGGGUCUUUGCAGGUGGACCGCUAUUUGACCACAGGUGUGCUUACCGUCUCUGACGUGAUCAACCCGGAAACUGCGCCCGGCGUACAAUCGCCGCCAAGCUUGCAGCAGCUGUGUAUUAGCACUGAGCGGGUUCAGACCCAUGUGCAUCGAUCAACCUCGGGGCGGUGUCCUGAACUCGGCGCGAAGCAUGAGCUCAUGGCGCAUCGCGCACGGUCUCGCAGCGGACAUGGUGGUCGGAAUUGGAGCCAAACGCCCGGAAUUGAGGCCCCGCCUCUGCCUUCAAGCAAGUCGACUGAUUCCUUAUUCGAGAAUGGAGAAUCGGCUGGCGAGUGCUGUAUUGACGAGGCUGCACGUGGUCGGCCCCGAAGUCGCAGUCAAGACCUACGCCGUCGCAAGCUCACCAAGACUUCUCAAAAUGAGAUUCAGGCCUGA